CACGGAAGCUCUUAAGCCAAUCAGAAAGCAGUGUUGCAAUAAUCUGAAAGGUAUCCGAUACAUUUCUAGUUAAUGGUCUUUCUCGUUCACGGUUCUUAGUGGUAUUUAGAUUUUAUCACAAUGAAGUUGAACGUAUCAUUCCCGGCCACAGGAUGCCAAAAAUUAUUCGAGAUUUCGGACGAGCACAAGCUCCGAAUGUUUUACGAAAAACGAAUGGGAGCAGAGGUGGAAGCCGAUUCUCUUGGCGAUGAAUGGAAGGGAUAUGUAGUACGUAUUGCUGGUGGUAAUGACAAACAAGGCUUCCCUAUGAAACAGGGUAUUUUAACUAAUGGUCGUGUACGGUUAUUACUAUCAAAGGGACAUUCUUGCUACAGACCCAGACGCGAUGGAGAGAGGAAACGUAAAUCUGUACGUGGUUGCAUCGUCGAUGCGAAUUUGUCGGUACUUGCCUUAGUAAUUGUGAAGAAAGGAGAGCAGGAAAUUCCUGGACUUACCGAUACCCAAGUUCCGCGUCGUUUAGGACCAAAGAGAGCUAGCAAAAUCCGUAAGCUUUUUAAUCUUACAAAGGAAGAUGACGUACGUCAAUUCGUUGUUAAAAGACCUGUUCAGAAAGAAGGCAAGAAAGAACGACUAAAGGCGCCUAAAAUACAGCGUCUAAUUACUCCAUUGACUUUACAGAGAAGAAGACAUAGGCGUGCAUUGAAAAAGAGGCGUUGCUUGGCACGUAAGGAGCAAGCUGCUGAUUAUGCUAAGUUGUUAGCUCAAAGACAAAAGGAGGCAAAGAAUAGACGCAAAGAAGAAAUUAAACGAAGACGUAGUGCUUCUAUGCGUGAUUCCAAAUCAUCGAGUCAAUCUGCGCCAAUAGCAACGCAAAAAUAAAAUAAAAUUUCAAAUCCAUUGUAAGGAGUAUCUAUAAGGUAUUAAAGAUAAGAUAUAAUCUGUCUAUAUAAUAAGAUAGAAUUAAGUUAAUAACUUUAAAUUCUAAUAUAUAUUAUAAUUUGAAUUUGAAUUUGAAUUUAUGUAUCUAGGUGUAAAUACACGGUAUAUAUAAAUUAUAUAUACGUAAAUCUUAUAAAUUUCAUAUUCUGAACCUUGUUGAAUAUUUACACAGAUUUAAAUAAAAGUUUAUAGAUAAGCGGAACAAUAAGCUUAAACAGAAGGUCUAAAAGAAGAAAGGUCUAAAAAAAUUAUAACCAACUUAUAAAUUAAUUUUAAAAAUACAUUGAAAUAUGCAGCCAUUCGGCCGAUUAAAUACUUGCGAGAUUUACAGUUAGAUUUCAAUAUAUCGUGAGAUUUUUGUUUGUGAAUAAAUUAUUUUCGAAAAAAAGCUUUUUGAAAAAUUCGAAAAAAAUAUGUCCUAGAUUCGUCUUUAAAAUUGUUUAUCAGAAGUACUGAAUAACCUUUAAUUAAAAAUAGAGAAGUUUUACUCGAUGUAAUUGUAUGUGUACAUAUCGAUAUUCGAGUCGAUAUAUACAACGAUGUUUUCGAUAUUUUCAAUCUCGUUUCUCAUUGGUUGAGCCUCUUAUGACGUAAUCGUUGUACGUAGAAAUCCAACGAAAUGUUUCCAUUCUACUCAACCCUUCUUAUUUAUCAUGCCCCGCCCAAUACAACUUGAUGUAAUACACGUUUCGAUGUAACUAAACACAUUCCAACAUGGUUCGGUAUGUAACAGCGUUUUAUGUGUCGUGUGUUCUUUAUUAAUUGUUGUAAGUGUCCUUAUAUUUACGGAAUCAAAAUAAAUUGAUAUUAUUUAUCAAGAAUACAUGUAUGUAUUUGCGAAUUUAAAAGGAGAAGACACGAAAAGGAUCCAUG